UCAUGACCUCUGUCACCUCCAUGCUUGACAGAAUCAUUUUGGGGGAAUUUUGAAGGGGGUUAAAUAGGGACUUGCCUAUUCUGUGGUUGCUAUCAGCUGUAGGUUUUCAGUAGUGAGCAAAUGUUGCCCAAAUAAGGCUUGAGGGAAGGACAUUUAAAGAUUGAGAUAACAUGUGCUGGGCCAUUUGCUAAACAGAGUUGAGUUCAAGAGACAACUGUAUUGUGGAACGAUGGCAGACGCAGUCCAGUUGAAGGAGGAGGGAAAUAAAUAUUUCCAGGAAGGUUACAUUGACAAAGCCAUUGAAGUCUACACACAAGCAUUGAAACUAUGCAAAGACAAGAAAGUGUUGGCAGUCAUCUGCAGAAAUCGUUCAGCCUGCUACCUCAAGAAGGAAAAAUACAGUCAAGCUGUGUCAGAUGCCUCAAAAGCCGUUGAUGUAGAUGGUGCAGAUGUCAAAGCCCUGUACAGACGAUGCCAAGGUCUUGAAAAAUUAGGAAAGCUGGACAUGGCCUUCAAGGAUGUCCAGAGAUGUGCCACCAUAGAGCCAAAGAACAAAACUUUUCUAGAAACCUUGAGACGACUUUCAGUACAAAUUCAACAGAAGCUGAAAGACUCCUUCUCAACAGAUUCAAGGGUAAAGAAUAUGUUUGAUAUCCUGCUUUCUGAUGAACAGGAGAAAGACAAGAUGGAAAAGGCUGCAAACAACCUGAUUGUUCUGGCCAGAGAGGAGGCAGGUGCUGAGAGAAUUUUCCAGAACAAUGGUGUAGCCCUGUUGCAACAGUUGAUUGACACCAAAAAACCUCAGAUGGUUCUGGCAGCUAUCCGAACCUUAUCAGGAAUGUGCACUGGGCACAAAGCAAGGACGAUGGCUAUCAUCCACCUCAUUGGUAUUGAGAAGCUAUGCAGCAUUAUGGCAGUGGACAAUGAAGAGAUUGCCUUGGCAACUGCCAAUAUGUUCCAGUGUGUGAAUGAUUCCCUGUCUGGAGCGGACAGAAGGGAGUAUGGCAAAGAGGAGGCUAUUGUUCUUGAUUCAAGCAAGGAUCUGAAGACCAUCCUUAUGGCCUUGCUGGAAAUGGUUACAAGCAAGACGGUGUCAGGCCAUGGAAGAGAUCAGGCUCUCAACCUCUUGUGUAGGAAUGUUCCACGUAAAGACAAGAAAGACACAGACCAUUCAAAAACUCUUUACACCAUUGACCAUGGCCUGAAGAAGAUCCUAAAGGUGUGUGGUCAGAUACCUGAACUGCCAGAUCAGCUGCCCAUGACAGAAAACACCCAGCUCAUUGCCAGCGUCCUCCUCAACAAGCUGUAUGAUGACCUGCGUUGUGACCCUGAGAGAGAUAACUUCAGGGAACUCUGUGAUGAAUACAUUAAAGGAAAGUUUGACCCCAAUGAUAUGGAUAAGAACAUCCAUGCCAUCAACGCCCUGUCAGGGCUCCUCCAGGGUCCAUUCGAUGUCGGUGACAAGCUGGUGGGUGGUCAGGGCGUGAUGGAGAUGAUGGUGGCUCUCUGUGGCUCAGAGCGUGAGGUGGAUCAAAUGGUGGCGGUGGAGGCCCUCAUCCACUCCUCCACCAAGAUGAGUCGCGCCACCUUCUUCACCACCAAUGGCGUAGGCCUGCUCAAGGACAUCUACAAAAAGACAAAGAAUGAGAAGAUUAAGAUCCGGGCUCUGGUGGGUCUGUGUAAGCUUGGGUCUGCUGGUGGUGAUGAUUAUGCCAUGAGACAGUUUGCAGAGGGUUCUACUGAGAAGCUGGCCAAGCAGUGCAGAAAAUGGCUGUGCAAUCCUGCGAUUGAUUCCCGUACAAGGAAAUGGGCUGUGGAGGGUUUGGCCUACCUCUCAAAUGAUGCUGAUGUAAAAGAUGACUUUGUUGAAGAUGAGGCUGCCAUGAAAGCUAUGUAUGAACUUGCCAAGUCUGCAGACAAGACUAUUCUUUAUGCAGUGGCCUGUACCUUGGUCAACUGUACCAACAGCUAUGAAAAAAAGGAUAUCCUCCCUGAGCUGGUCCAGCUAGCCAAGUUCUCUAAGCAGCAUGUCCCAGAGCAACACCCAAAGGAUAAAAAGGACUUCAUUCAGAAGAGAGUGAAGAGGAUGUUGAAAGCUGGUGUGAUCUCCGCUCUUGCUGUGAUGGUCAAAGCAGACAACACCCUUCUGACUGACCAGACCAAAGAAAUGCUUGCAAGAGUUUUCUUGGCUUUAGCAGAUGACGCCAAAGACCGUGGCAUCAUAGUUGCUCAUGGAGGUGGGAAGGCACUCAUUCCCUUGGCUCUGGAAGGAACUGAGGAAGGAAAAAUCAAAGCCUCUCAUGCUUUGGCAAAGAUUGCUGCCAUUUCCAACCCAGAGAUUGCCUUCCCAGGAGAGAGGGUCUAUGAGGUUGUGCGGCCACUGGUCAGGUUGCUGCAUACAGACAGGGAUGGUGUCCAGAACUUUGAGGCGCUGAUGAGCCUGACAAACCUGUCUGGCUUCAGUGAGAAGCUUAGGACAAAGAUUGUCAAGGAGAAUGCUCUUGCAGAUAUUGAGAACUACAUGUUUGAGGACCACGACCAACUCAGACAGGCGGCAACUGAGUGUAUGUGCAAUCUUGUGACCUGCAAAGAGGUGCAAGAGAGGUUCCUACAGGAUGGGAAUGACAGGAUGAAGCUCCUUCUGUUGCUCUGCGCUGAGGAAGACGACAAACUUCAGAUGGCAGCCGCUGGAGCAUUGGCUAUGCUCACUGCAGCUCAUAAGAAGCUCUGCACUAAGAUUACACUUGUGACAUUACAAUGGCUUGAGAUCUUGCAGAGGUUGUGUCUCCAUGACACUGUGGAGGUUCGGCACAGAGGUCUGGUGGUUGUCUACAACAUGAUGAAUGCUGACGAUGAGCUGGCAAAGAACAUGAUUGAAAGCGAGUUGCUGGAGAUUCUGACAAUUAUUGGCAAACUGGAGGAUCACCCCAAAAAGCAGCCUGCGAUUGACGCAGCCCGUGCAUGCCUCUCGAAGGCGAUGGAUCUUGGAUUAAUUAAGCCCUUCUCUACUGGUAGAGAAUAGAGUACAGCCUAAUCAAGUUCUACUCGAAGUACUGAAGGACUGAGAUAACUCUUCAGGAGGUUUUUUAAAACUUUGUAAUGUAUUUAUUUUCCAAGUCAGAGACAAAUUAUUAGUAUCUAAUUUGGUUUGUUAUUUCCAUUGUUAUACUUUUUGCUUAAUGUAUUUUACACAUGAUGAUGAAACAGACUUUGUACAAAAACGUGAUUGUAUUGUUUCUACUGUAUACCCCACGAGGAAUAAUAAAAUUGAGAUGAAUUAGCAUCAAA